AUGACUUCGCCUCUGCAGGCUCGUGCCAGCGAUGCCAACGUAGGAUCCGCUCAGGGCGGUCAGGACCAGUCCGCCACACAAGUCCUCACUCCUCUGGUCACCGUCGGCCUCUACGCUCUUGUAUGGGGUGUGCUGUUCUUGCUGCUCAGGCGACCAUUCAAGAGAUACUAUCAGCCAAGAACCUUCUUGGGAAGUCUUCGCCCAGAGGCGCGCUCACCCAAGCUCCCCGACACGAUGUUCGGAUGGAUCCCGGCCUUCUACAAGAUCCCGGACACGUACGUGCUCAACCAUCACUCCUUGGACGGCUACCUUUUCCUGCGCUUCCUCAAGAUCAGCGUUGUCUGCUGUGUUGUGGGCUGCCUGAUCACCUGGCCUGUUCUCUUCCCGGUCUUCGCUACUGGAGGCGCCGGUAAGACGCAGCUCAACAUCAUCACGUUCUCCAACCAGGCCAACUACUGGCGCUACUUUGCACCAUGCGGCUGUGCGAUGAUCUUCUUCAGCUUUCUAAUCUACAUGAUCACGCGCGAGAGCAUCUUCUACAUCAAUCUUCGCCAAGCUUACCUUAUGUCGCCACUCUACGCAUCCCGCAUCUCCUCGAGGACAGUCCUGUUCUGCUCUGUCCCGGAAGAGUACAUGAACCAGGCUAAGCUCACUGCUGUUCUCGGACACGGUGUGCGCCGCAUGUGGUUCGCUAGCGACUGCAAGGAGCUUCAGGACAAGAUUGAUGAUCGUGACAAGGCCGCGUACAAAUUGGAAGGCGCCGAGACCAAACUCAUCGUCACUGCGAACAAGGCACGCGUGAAGGCAGAGAAGGGUGGACACCGUCAAGACUCUGAAGAGGCGGCUAUCGGCCAAGGCUCUGGAGCUGUGGCUGCUCGAUACCUCAAGCCCAAGGACCGACCUACGCACCGCACUAAGUUCUUGAUCGGCAAGAAGGUCGACACCAUCGAUUGGUGUCGCGCUGAGCUAAAGAGGCUCAUCCCAGAAGUCGACGGGCUGCAGGCCACGCACAUGGCAAGGGAGAGUAAGAUGCUCAACUCUGUCUUCGUCGAGUUCGAGACCGUCUCCUUGGCACAAGCCGCCUACCAGAGCCUUACCCACCAUCAAGCUCUGCACAUGUCUCCACGAUUUGCUGGCAUCACUCCUGGCGAGGUCAUCUGGACCAACCUCAGGAUCAAGUGGUGGGAACGUGUCAUCCGUAAGCUCGCCACUAUCGCCUUCGUCGUCGCGCUCAUCGUCUUCUGGUCGCUCCCCGUUGCUGGUGUGGCAGCGAUCUCCAACGUGCCGGCCCUUGAGUCUUCGUCAGCGUUUAGCUGGCUGCAUUACAUCUUCGACCCAAUCCCCAGCGUCAUCCGCGGUGUUGUGACUGGUCUCCUGCCAACGAUUGCUCUUGCGGUUUUGAUGGCACUUCUGCCGAUCAUUCUGCGACUUAUGGCCAAGCUUGGUGGUGAUCCAACUAGGAGCGCUGUUGAGCUGACCGUCCAGAACACGUACUUCGCCUUCCAGGUCAUUCAGGUCUUCCUUGUCGCUACACUGGGUUCUGCUGCUGCAGCCGUAGGUGGAAAGAUCGCCCAGAACCCUGCCUCUGCCAUCAGUAUCCUGGCAAACAACUUGCCGCAAGCCAGCAACUUCUUCUUGAGUUACUUCAUCUUACAGGGUCUCGGAGUGGUCUCGGGCAUAUUAGUCGGUCUCGUCGGUCUGGUUAUCUUUAUUGUGCUUGGCAAGCUUCUCGACAAGACACCGCGUAAGAUGUACAAGCGGUGGAUCAACCUCUCGGGACUCGGCUGGGGAACUAUCUUCCCGAUCUACACGAACUUGUUCGUCAUCGCCAUCUGCUACGCCGCCAUUGCCCCCCUGGUACUGGGCUUUGCCGCGGUCGGUUUGGCUUUCUUCUACGUCGCCUACCGGUAUAAUCUUCUGUUCGUGUCUAAUGUCAACAUCGACACCAAGGGUCGUGUCUACCCGAGGGCUUUGCAGCACGUCUUCGUUGGCAUCUACCUGGCUGAGGCUUGCUUGAUUGGUCUUUUCGCCAUCGGCACUGGCAGCUCCAAAGGUGCCAUCGGUCCAUUGAUUCUCAUGAUCUUCAUGUUGAUCUUCACUGUGUUGUAUCAAUCUAGCUUGAACGCGGCGCUUGAGCCACUCAUCAACUACCUGCCUCGUAAUUUGGAUGCCGAGGAACGCCGACUGCUCAGCCUCGAGAAUGGCGCGAACGGCAACGGCUACGAUGGCGAGAUGCCCGACAAGGAGGGCGGCCACGUAGCUGCCCAGGGCAUGAACGGCCGCGGCGCACCAAAGAAGAAGCCCAACUUCUUUGCCAAAUGGCUUCGUCCCGACAUCCACUGCGACUACCAGACGAUGCGCCUACUGGUGCCACGCGACAUUCCAAUCGUUUACUCAAGGGAGCAAGAAGACCAGGCAUACUUCGACCCCGCCAUCACCAGCGUCACGCCGCUUCUUUGGAUCCCUCGCGAUUCUGCUGGUGUUUCUAGGCAGGACGUCCACGACACUCGCAACGUUAUCCCAAUCACCGAUGAGGGGGCUUACCUGGAUGAGAAGAACAAGAUCGUUUGGGACAGUGCGGACGGUCGUCCUCCGAUCUACGAGGAGGUGCCGUAUUAUUAG